CAGAUACAAUAACUCCGAGGUACGUGGUGAAGUGCAGUGAACGUUCAGUGCUGUGGUUUUAUACUGUGACAGUGUAGUGUUCGAAGGCUUCGUAGAAAAAUGGGGACUCGUUGGCCAAUAAUAGGCCUGCCUAUACUGCUGGUGGCAUCAGUGUGUGGCAGUGAUAUACUAAUGAUCACAAUGGGAGGGACCAAGUCACAUAAGAUACCGUUCUGGUCGCUUGCUGGGGGGCUUACCCGAAGAGGACACAAUAUUACUUUCAUAAGCGCGUUUCCACCUGAUUUCCACAUCGCUGGGUUAGAAGAAAUAGCUCCAGAAGGUCUGGUAUCAUACGUUAAAAGCUACAUGUCCUGGGACCUUGUUGGUGCUAGAAUGAGAGGAGAGGAGCCUUUGCCAGCUUUUGAUAUACUUCGCUAUGGAUAUGAGGCAUGUGACGCGUUGCUCAAAGACUACGAGAUGCGGUCUUUCCUGCAGUCAGGAAGAACUUACGAUCUCAUCAUCAUCGACGGAACGUACCCUGAGUGCGCGCUGGGGAUCACAUAUAAAAUGAAAGUGCCUUUCAUGUACAUUAACACGGUCGGCUUCUACUCGAUGCCUUUGAGUAAUGCAGGAAACCCAGCGCCAUACUCCGUCACACCAUUCUUUGGAAGAGCCUUCACGGAUAACAUGGGAAUCAUUGAAAGAGCAAUGAACUCCGCGUGGCAAAUCGGUGCGAUGGCGCUCCACGGUGUGAGCAUGACCAUACUUCAAGGGGUCUUAAGAAGACAUUUCGGUAGCCAGAUGCCACACGUGUACGACAUGUCCAAGAACGUCAGCUUUAUACUCCAGAACGCGCAUUAUACUGUGUCGUAUCCAAGGCCUUAUUUGCCGAAUGUGGCUGAGAUUGCCUGUAUACAUUGCAUCGAACCGAAGAGAUUGGAUCCAGAAAUAGAGGAAUGGAUUUCCGGUACAGGCGACACCGGUUUUGUGUAUGUCUCCAUGGGAUCUUCCGUGAAGACAUCGAAAAUGCCUUUGACAGCUCAUCGGAUGCUCAUUAAUGCUCUAGGAAGACUACCACAAAGGGUUCUAUGGAAACAAGACGCGGUACAAAAUAUGACCGACAUACCAUCGAAUGUGAAGCUAUUGAAAUGGUCACCACAGCAAGAUUUACUUGGUCAUCCAAAGAUAAAGGCCUUCAUCACCCACGGCGGUCUAUUGAGCAUGUUCGAAACGGUCUACCACGGCGUACCCAUCGUCACCAUACCGGUCUUCUGCGACCACGAUGCCAACGCCGCGAAAGCAGAAGUCGACGGCUACGCUAAAAAACUAGAGUUUCAACAUUUGACUUCUGACAAACUGCACGAAGCCAUCCAAGAGGUUAUAAAUAACCCAAAAUAUAGGAGGGAAGUUAAAUAUCGACAGAAUUUGCUUCGAGACCAGAAGGAGAGCCCUUUGGAUAGGGCCGUGUACUGGACGGAAUACGUCAUAAGGCAUAAAGGGGCCUAUCAUCUUCAAUCUCCCGCAAAGGACCUCACCUUCAUCCAAUAUUACUUGUUAGAUGUGGCAAUGCUAUUUGUGAUGUCCGCUUUAGCCUUCUACGCACUUAUUUCCUUCGCGAUAAGAUCGAGUUUCCAAAGAAUCGCGGUUUUCAUACAGAACCGACAAAUGAAAAUGUUAUUCGAUAAUUCGACGGGACUGAUUGGCAAUUCUUUGAUGGAGCAGAAAAAAAAAUUGUGAGUUGUGAUAUUUGUAAGAUUUAUUUGUAUAUAUUUUGAGAUUGUGAUUGUAUGUACAUAUGUAUGUUUUAAAAAAGACUGUCCUUUUUACGUUCGAACGAAAAUUGUUAAUUAUUUUGUUAUUUUUAUUCAAACCAAAAUUGAGUGUUGAUUGUGAGUGUAUAUUGUAAUUUUGUUGU